AUGGACGACGCAAUCGUGUUGUCCGACGAUGACGAUGAGUGCAUUUGCAUUGAAGAAUCGACAGUCGUCACGGAAAGCUCGCAGAAGACGUAGGACGCCUUCUGAAUCAGAUUCUAGUUUAGCAGCACAGUUUCAGAUGCUCCACCAGUUUUUCACUAGUCGACGCUGUCAACAAAAGACGUUCGAGAAGAAUUGCGAUGGAGAAAAAGACGAGUUUAGACGACGAAAUGGACGAAUUGGACAGAAUGAUCGAGGAGCAGAGGGCGAAGAACGCGGGCAGUUCCAAGCCGUUCGAGUGCAGUUUCGAUGUGGAUUUCAAUAUUGCGUCGACUUCCUCCGAAGUCAAAAUUACCGAAACGAAAAAGAGAAAAAUAAUAGAAGAGGACGACAAAGAGAAACAGAAAGUACUCAUGAAAAAAAGGCGCCUACGCCGUUCCGGAAUGACACAGACGCCUUUUCGGCACCACCGGAACAGCCUCGGCGUCAAACGAGCGCAAAUUCGGCACAGACGCCUAUUGAAAGGCGUCGAAACGGCGUCGGCGCCUUUUUUCCUGAGUAAAGAGAAAAGGGGAGAAAGAGUGAAUGCGAACAAUUUAGGAGAAGAAAGAGAAUGCGAAAAGGGCUCGAGAAGCGGGGAAAGAAAAGAAAGCGACUGAAAAAGAUAAAGAAAAGAAUGAAGCGAUGAGAAAACGGGAAGAGAAAGAGGUUGGUGGGCGGAAGUAAUUGAAGCAAAAAGUGGGAAUUUUAGAGAGAAAAAGAGACGAAAAAGAUCGAGAGAGAGAUUUCGGCGGCGUUGAACACAAAAUGUGAACAGUACACAUUCUGCCACGUGGGAAGGAACGUCCUCGACACUUUGCGUGAGUUCAUUCAAACCGAACAGACGCAGAUGAAGAAUGUUUCAGCUGGUCUGGAAGCUGAAAUCAGAAUGCUGUUUACGGAGAGAAAGAUCGAGAAUCAGCUGAGAAUCGAGAGAGACUUGGGAACGAGGAUUGAGUGGCGCAGAAAAUGCAUCGAAUUGAGGGAGGACGAGGACGGAAGAAGCGAGCGAUUUGAGUAUUCCGUGAGCAUUCCGUCGUUUUACCCCCGCUAACUCUGUUUAUUUCUGAAGUCCACCCAAGAUCUGUUCGCCGUCGUCGUGCCCGCCGCCACUCUCAAAGACGUCAUCGCUUCGAACUCACUCUCUGACUUUAUCGUCGAAGUAAGAAGCUUCUUCUUCUAGAGCCAUUCUAUUUUCUUUUUCAGCAACGGACUGGAUUCCAAAAUGGCCGGUGCACCAUGCUUAUCGUAUCAUUCGGAAAGUUGGAUAUAACGAAGAAAAAGCUGCAUAAUCUAUCGGUCGAAUUGUACGAAACACACCGUGCUCAAAUCGUUCAGCUCGAUAAUAUCUCUGAAUUGGCUUUGUUCACUGCCCAAUACUUGCGCAGUCUUUCUCGUCGUGGAAAGAAGAGAUUGGAAGCGAAUAAGGAGGAAGAAUCGAGCAGCGGAGGGCACAAAGUCCAGUAUCACGGAGAAAAGGGAAUCGUGUUGGGAAGCCGGGCGGAGAUAGUUUCGGACUGGUGGAGCAAGAUGCUCGCUACGAUCGACAGACUCUCGGAUGCCCAGAGAAGAGCGAUUCUCAAGUUGAUCCCCGAUCCGAUCGUCGCAAUUGAUAAAUACUCGAAAAUUGAUUACUCAACCGCCGUUCGUGAAAUCGGUGAUCUUGUGGCCGAGAACGGACGGAGAGUCGGUCCGGCCAUGGCUCACAGAAUACUGAAAAUGCUAACCGAUGAGACCGGAACCGAAGUGGUUGAUUAA